AUGACCUGUUAUCCCAGCUCCACGGCACUGUACUGCCCUGACAGAGUGGACAUUGCAUUGAACCAAAUCAAUAUCGACAGCAUGCAGGCUCUGCUUCACUGCCCCAAUGUGCUAGUGUGUGUCGGCCGGGAGCCAUUUAAACCUGUAUCGAUGGAGAAUUUGAGGAAACACUCGGUGGAGAAGCUGCCUGACCUGGCUCCCCGUUCCAACGGCAACAAUGUCAAUGAAAACAAUGAAAUGAACUUUGGACUGAAAGCCAAAAAAAGUGUUAUUCAUCCACGGUCAGCAUCAAGCAAUAGGUCAAUGAGAUUUUCUUUGUCAUCAGAAAAGUCGUAUCCUAAUGGUCUCGCUACCUCACCGGAUAAUGGUGCACCUUUCUCAAACAGUUUCUCACAUUCAAAACCUGGGGACCUGGUCCAUUCCUUGGUCAAUGAUGACAUAGAAAAACGGGUACACGUGAACAAAGAUGGUAGCCUGUCUGUUGAGAUGAAAGUCCGCUUCCGCUUGCUAAAUGAUGAGACUUUGCAGUGGUCCACCCAGAUCAAAAAGUCCAAUCUGAUGAACCAGAUGCCUUGUGAAGAGUCAGGUGUAGAGGAGGACACUGGAGUAGACCCCAUACAGAAAAUGAACCCAGAAGCCAGCUCAGAGGCAGAUGAAUCAUUAUAUCCCUGUGACAUUGAUUCUUACAUGUCAAAACUUGAGGAAUCAGAAUACGAUGAGGCACAUUGUCAUAGCUGUGGAAAGAAACACCAGAACUAUGACAUUUGGAAAAACCCCAUGCACACAUCCCAGAGGGAAGAGCCCAGUGUACGAAGCACCUGGCACACACGGUCAUCAUGCUCCAGCACAUCUUCCCGGAGGAGAGUAGUCCACAAAAAAAUGGCUUCUGUGGAUAGCCUCCACACCACAUCCAGUGAGGAAUUCUCUGAGCACAUUGUACAAGAGUCCUCAUCCUACUCAGAGACUAUAGAGAACAGAGUGGCAUAUAGAUCCAUUAAAAAAUGUAUGUGUCGAAGUGAUUUGUCUACAGGUGCUUCCAAUGGAGAAGACCAUCAAGAAUACACUCGGACAAGCACAAGCAAUAGUCAGAGACCUUCAUCGUUGGACUUAAUGUCACAUUCAAGCUGUGAAAACAACCUGGAUACUAAAGAGGCCCCUGAAGAACAUGAGGCCAGCAAAACCAAUUCACAAAAUGAAGAUGAAAAUAGUUUUGAAGUUUCCUCUGUGAAGUGCUUAAAGGAUGAUGUGGAAGAGGUUGGAAGUAGCAGAGUCGGGAGUGUCAUGUCAAGGUCAUCUCUGCAGUCCAGACAGAGCAAGAAGAAUGUGUGUGAGGAAACAAGUAGCGUGGGUAGAAGCAUGUCCUCCUCAAGCCUCCAGAAGGCAAGGCAAGAAGAUAAUACUAGGUGCUCCACUCCUGCCAACAGUGUGCACAGCAAGUCUAGUAACUGUACCACACCAAGAGCAAAGAGUGAACAGGAUGACCACUCUGAUGACAAUGUAGUGGUCUCCUCCUUCUCCAGUGAGUCCUACCCUAAGAAAGAGGCUGAAGACGUUGAAGCAGAACAAGAAGAAAACGAAAGCAAUGAAGUCAGCUCAGUGUCAGCAAAAACAAAGCCCAGCCAAUCAAUUAGAGAUGAGAGCAGUGAAGGUGAACGAUGCUCUACACUAGGAACCCCCCCUUCCAGAGCUAGUGACAGGAACAGCAAGAGAAGUGACAGUGAUGAGAUCAUUCUGUGCAAUGCCUCCUGCUCUUCCAGAGGAUCCAAAAAGAGCAAACACAGACAUACUCAUUUGGAUGCACAGUCUGAAAUGUCUGUGUCUUCACUUGAAUCCACUUCAAAUAAAAAGAAUUCCCUACAUGCAGAUGAUCUGAGAUCAAGCAGCAGGACAUCUAAUUACUCCAAAAGCUCAUGCGAAAUUAAAAAAAAAUCUAUCAGAGACCCCACAUCUCAUAAUUCAGAAUCUUCUCUGCACUCGAACAUUUCAUCUACUAGUGAAGCAGAGGCAAUUACAGGUUUUACUGAGGAAAAAAGCUUGAAAAGUACCACCAAUGGCUACAGUGAAUCCUCAAAAGGCUCAAAAAAGAGAAGCCAUAGAGAAGAAAGUAGCAAGCCAUCAUCCCUCUGCUCAAGUGUUUCAAGCCCUAAUGGAAAAGCUGGAGAGGGUCAUUCCAAGAUUAAUUCAGAGACCACUUCUUCAAGACAGGGAAGUAUGAGUGAGAGUGUGUGUUCAAAAGGUGACCAUUCUCGAGAGGGUCAUUACAAGAUUAAUUCAGAGGCCCUUUCUUCAAGACAGGGAAGUAUGAGUGAGAGUGUGUGUUCAAAAGGUGACCAUUCUCGAGAGGGUCAUUACAAGAUUAAUUCAGAGGCCCUUUCUUCAAGACAGGGAAGUAUGAGUGAGAGUGUGUGUUCAAAAGGUGACCAUUCUCGAGAGGGUCAUUACAAGAUUAAUUCAGAGGCCCUUUCUUCAAGACAGGGAAGUAUGAGUGAGAGUGUGUGUUCAAAAGGUGACCAUUCUCGAGAGGGUCAUUACAAGAUUAAUUCAGAGGCCCUUUCUUCAAGACAGGGAAGUAUGAGUGAGAGUGUGUGUUCAAAAGGUGACCAUUCUCGAGAGGGUCAUUACAAGAUUAAUUCAGAGGCCCUUUCUUCAAGACAGGGAAGUAUGAGUGAGAGUGUGUGUUCAAAAGGUGACCACUCAACUCAGACUGGGAUUAGAAAUGGAACUUCUGCAAGUGUCUCUUCAAGGGUCUCUUCAAAGUCGGAAAUAAAAGAUAAAUGCUUGUUGACACAGAUAUCCCAGGAAAGUAAUGACAGGUAUUCACAAUCAGGCAUAUCUCAGUCUUCAAAAUCAAGGCAGAUAAAAACGAGAAAUCUUCAUGUGAAGAUGUCGAACUCCAGCCGAGCAUCAUUGUCUGGGACUUUGUCAGUAUGUAGUACACGUUGUCCUGCCCCACCAAAAGGGAAGCCAAAGAACAAAAAAAUACGUUCAACUAUGUUGAAGAAUUCCUCCAUUAGCAGUAUAGGUACUGAGUCAGUGCUGACCACAGGAAAAGAGCAGAAAGAAAUUGUAGAUUCCUCCAAAGCGACUUCCUCUGGGUCUAAAUCAGCUGCAAGCAAAAUAAAUGAUAAGAAGAAUGAAGAGAUUGAUGAUUCUUGCAACAGAAAAGUUGAGGAAGGGUCAGAAGGCACGGGCAUGCAGCAGGAAGGGAGUGAUUUAACGCCAUCGACUCUACCAAAUACAUCUCCCGAAGAAGUUGUGCAAGAAUGGCUAAGUAAAAUCCCUUCAGAAACACUGCUUAUGAAAUAUGAAAUGGAGGAUGAUGUAGAAGAGGAAUGCGUAGAGGCAACCACUACGGUAUCACAUUGUACAAAUGCUGAGGAAAUCUCAGAUGAUGAAAAAGCUGAGAAAAAAAAUGUGGAGGAGGCUGAAAAUGAGGCAAAGGAUGAAGUGGGAAAAGAGACAGGAGAAGGCACUGCUGUUGAUGAAGAGGGUGAAGAAUACGUGAAUCAAGAACCAAUCUCUGAGGUUGUGUCCGAAGCUGCCAAAGCCGACCAGGCAGAAUGCAGCCAGUCAGUUACAUCCAGCCAAAAUAACAGAAGAGACCUGCCAACCUCUGUCCAGACUUCUGUCCAGAUCAUGAAGGCCUUACUCAGUUCAAAACAUGAAACUAAAUUUGACCGAUCGAACAGUUUGCCUGAAGUAUCCCCCACUAUGGGGAGAAAACUGAGUAACUCUGCCAACAUUUUGAUUACUUGUCUUGCCAGUCUCCAGCUCCUUGAUGAAGAGCCAGAUGAUCCAUCAGAUAAACCAAAAUGUUUGAAUAAGCCAAGGUAUAUGGAGCUGCUGAAUAUUUUUCAAGCCCUGUGGUUUGGAUGUACAACUGAAAAAAGUGGUCCAAGUUCAGGUCAAGAGGCAAGUGAGCAGGCAAAGACAGCCUCUGGGUUUAAAGCCCGAAAAUCUGUAGAUUAUGACUUCACUCCCAUGUCCUCCUCUGGGGUUGAUGUUAGCAGUGGUUCUGGUGGCUCAGGAGAAGAGAGUACAGCUGGUACCAGGGACUGCACUUUAAUGGCACAGAAAACUGCUGAAUUCAAAUCAGCUGGACAAGUGGAAAAUGGAGAGACUGGCACUGAACUGACUGAAGUUGAGGAGCAAAGUAAAGAGGAAGAGCAGUCAUCCCAACCUUUGACGGCCUGCUCAAAAUCAAAAAGUGAGGAAAAAUCACAGUCUACUAGAGAGGACUCUCUAAUUCAGGAGACAGAAGAGAAUAAGGAGGAUCAGCACAGUAAUGGUGAAAAUGCUCAGGAGGAAGGGGAAGAAAAUGAAAACAAAGAAACCAGCAAAUUAACAGAAAACGGAGAACAAGAAGAUGAAACUGUGAAUGAUGAACUCCCAAAAGAAAAUCUUGAAGAGGAAGCUGAUCAGCUAGCCACUACUGAUGAUACAAAUGCCAGUGAUGCUGAUUGUGGGACAGAACUGAAAGCUGAUUUGGAAAAGCAGCUUGAAAAAGAGUCUCCAAAUGACCCAGAGCCCCAAGUCGAUACAGCCACCAGUGUGGGUACAUCCCUUGUCCAGCAAAACUCAAUGGAUCCAGACCCAAUCUGGGUCCUGAAACUGCUCAAGAAAAUCGAGAAGGAGUUCAUGGCUCACUACGUCAGCGCCAUGAAUGAGUUCAAAAUCAGAUGGAACCUGCAGAACAACCAGCAGAUGGAUGAAAUGAUACUGGAGCUAAAGGAGGAAGUGAGUAAAAGGAUACAAAAAAGUAUAGAGAAGGAGCUGAGGAAGAUCAAAGCCAGAGCAGGGAAGAAGAUUCUGAGACCUCCAGAUGAACCACUCAAGCGUGAGUCAACACUCCAAACUGAGCAGAGGAGACGGCGAUUGCAAACCAUGCAUAAGAAGUCUCUCUUUAGUGACAAGAAUGGAACCCAAACUAGGCUCGAGGAUACAUCAGACUUAUCAUUUAAUGUAGAUGAAGAUAUAGCAUUUAGUGCAGCUUUUGAGGCCAGUAUUAGCAAACAAACAAGUGAGGAGGAAUACUGCCCAUGUGACUCUUGUGUGAGGAAAAAAAUGGCUUCCAAGCCCACAAGAAACCCAGUGGUGCCCACCAAUGCCCCAGUCAUGAAAGCAUUUGAUCUACAACAAAUCCUGAGGUUCAAGAAAAAUGAUGAGGAAGCCUGUACCUCAGAAGCAGCCCAGGACAUCAAAACAGUUCCCAGCAGUUCUAUGGAGGAAGCAGCAGAAAAUGGCAAUCCAAACGAGGAGAAUGAUGAGGGUGAAGUCCAGCCAAGUGAACCGGAAAUGGAGGGCGAUGAAGAAAAGGGGACAGAAAUAGAUGAAAUGGGCAGCUCAACAUUGAAUGGGGGAGAAACAAAAGAGGAAGAGGAAGACAUGAAAGAGGAGGAAGAAGUGAAAGAGAAGGAAGAGGAAGCAGAGGAGGAAGAAGAAGAAACAAAAGAGGAGGAGGAAGCAAAGGAGGAAGAGGAAGAAACAAAAGAGGAGGAAGAAUCAAAUGAAGAUAAGGAGGAAGAAAACAGGGAAGAUGAUGAAGAAGAAGAAACUCAAAAUGAAGAGCAGGAAGCUGAAGAGAAGUCCAAAACUGAAUAUGAAGCUGACGAUGAAGGUGAAGAAGCAGAGGAGCCUGUGGAUGAGGACAUAGGGGCUGAUGAUGAGGAAGAGGCAUCUGAAUGCAGAGGAGAUGCUGAUGGCUCUGGAGCUGACAACAACCCUGAAGGAGGUGCUGCAGAAGGAAGUGAAGGAGAUGAGCAGGAUGAAGCAGAGGCAGUGGAAGAUGCACAACCAGAGUCAGAAGAUCAGGCAUGUUCAGCUGAGGAGGAAAACAACAGUGAAGGAGGUGACAAAUAUGAUGAGAAUGAUGAGGAACCUACCAGUGGUGACCCUGACAAGGCACAUAAAAAACACAAAGACAAAAGCAGUAACAAGAUUUCUGAGAAAGCCUUAGAGGUCAAUGGCAAAAAAAACAGCAAAAGGCUAGAGACUCUGAACAAAGCAGCUGCCUUUUCUUGUUAUUCUUCUGUGGGAAACUUCUCACAGCAGUCCCAGAAGGGGUCUGACGAUGAAGGGGAAGAGGAAUGCAAAGAUGACAAUAACCCCAUAAGUGACCCUCCCAAUGGAGAGGUUCAAACUGAUGAGAGCAGCAAACCCUCACAGAUGUAUCCUGACAGUGAGGAAGAAGAAGAAGACAAAGCAUCUUCAUGCACUGAUCCUUCGGGAGAUGAGGACCAGGCAGAUGCUGAAGGUGUACAUCCAAAGGAGACUGAACAUACUGAUGAAAUUGAGGCUUCUAAAAAGAAAGAAGACUCUGAUAAGAUUGACCAGGAUGACCUGGACUUCUAA